UAGGAAAAUGUCGUCACAAAACGCGAAUUUGAUGCGAGAAGUGCGUUUGUUCGAAAAUCACUCGGAACGCGAGCAAAUGGAGAAUUUGUCCGAGCUUUUUGCAGUUCUCAACGCUCUGGAGCACUUGGAAAAGAUGUUCAGCCGUGAUCACGUAUCAGCUGAUGAAUAUAAAUCAGAAUGCUUCAAACUAAUCGAUCAAUACAAAGUAACAAUGCGUCUAGUGCACGGAGCAACGAGUAUUGAAGAUUUCGCGAAAAAGUAUCGACUUCAUUGUCCGGCUGCAAUUGAAAGAAUUCGAGAAGGACGACCGAUUACUGUGAAAGAUGAUCAGGGAAAUGUUCUGAAACAUAUUGCGUCGAUAGUCGAGCAAUUCAUCACAUUCCUCGAUGCUCUCCGUCUCAAUACCCGUGCCGUUGAUGAUUUGUACCCAGGACUUGAUGAUCUUUAUAAUGCAAUUAAUACAACUAGUCGUGUCCCAAUUGAUGCAAUUGUAACUACAAAAGUCAAAAAAUGGCAUGAUCGUCUGUCUUCGAUGGCUGCUUCCGAUGAGAUUUCGGAUGAAGAUGCUCGUCAAAUGAUCUUCGAUGUCGAGUCUGCCUAUCAGGCAUUCAAUAAGGCACUCAAUGAGCUUAAGCAUUAAUUUAUUUUUCUGUGUAAAUAUCUGCCGCUUUUUUAAAAUCACUUUCGAUGAAUUUGUCUGAAAAAUGAACCCAUUUUUGUAGUUUGUAGUCUCCGUUUUUCUCCACAUUUUUCAGGGAUUCAAAUCGUUAAAGAUAUGAAAAUUGAACAGAACCUUUAAAUUAGACCUAGCCGCUCUUGUUAUAAUACGUACUAAGCUUAGGCUUAGGCUUAGUGGCAGCUUCUUUUUCAU